AUGGCCGAGUACAUCUGGAUCGGCGGCACCGGGCAGGACCUCCGCUGCAAGACCCGCACCUUCCCCGCCAAGGAGGGCGGCUACGCCGUGGCCGAUCUGCCCAAGUGGAACUUCGACGGGUCCUCCACCGGCCAGGCGCCCGGAGAGGACUCCGAGGUGAUCAUCUACCCCCAGGCCAUCUACCCCGACCCCUUCCGCGGAGGCGACAACAUCAUGGUGCUGUGCGACUGCUACGAGCCGAACGGGACCGCGCUCCCCAGCAACACCCGCAAGGAGUGCGCCGCUAUCAUGGAGAAGGCGAAGGAGCUGGUGCCGUGGUUCGGUAUCGAGCAGGAGUACACCCUGUUCGAGGCUGACGGCGUCACCCCCUUCGGGUGGCCCAAGAGCGGAUACCCGGGACCCCAGGGCCCGUACUACUGCUCCAUCGGGUACGAGAACGCCUUCGGCCGCCACAUCAUGGAGGCGCACUACAAGGCCUGCCUCUUCGCCGGCGUAAACAUCUCGGGAACCAACGGGGAGGUCAUGCCCGGACAGUGGGAGUACCAGGUGGGCCCGUGCGAGGGCAUCGCAGGAGGCGACGAGCUCGUGAUCUCCCGCUACCUGCUCCAGCGCGUUUGCGAGCAGUUCGGCGUGAUCUGCUCCCUUGACCCCAAGCCCAUCCCGGGAGACUGGAACGGGGCCGGUUGCCACACCAACUACUCCACCAAGCCCAUGCGCGAGGAAGGCGGCUACAAGGAGAUCAUCGCGGCCGUCGAGAAGCUCGGCGAGAAGCACGACGAGCAUAUCGCCGCCUACGGCGAGGGUAACGAGCGCCGCUUGACCGGCCGCCACGAGACCGCGUCGAUGGACAAGUUCUCGUACGGCGUCGCCAACCGCGGGGCGUCCAUCCGCAUCGGCCGCGACGUGGAGAAGGAGCAGAAGGGAUACUUCGAGGACCGCAGGCCUUCGUCCAACAUGGACCCCUACGUGGUCACCGGCAUGAUCGUGAAGACCACCACCUCCUAGACAUCUGUAACAACGGCCGAGACGAAACUUGGCGGAAAUUUUAGGGUCCUUCAGGCCGAUUCUCUCAGUCAUGAACACAGCCCGUUGAAGGGGUUUGUACUUGUCAAGCGCUCGCUCGAGAUGGCGCGCGCAGUAGAUUCACACUUUCCUUCUUUGAAGUUCUCAACUGUCAGUUUCCUGGUGCGCGAUGUACUACCGUAGUUUUAAUGGUGUAGAAGCGGGGGCGUUUGGAGGAAGAGAACGCGUAGGUUUGGUACGUUGAGAGGGUUUUUCAGCGAAGGGACUCGAAUAGGCUUUGUUUGAGGCGCGGAAUUUUGUGGCUUCCCCUCGAUGCACUCAUUAGAUGUUCUGCUGCUGCUGCUGCUGCUGCGGCUCGUUGCCAGUAUUCUAUCGGCAGUGCACCUCUAUGGGGAGGCUCUAAUUUUUGUUUUGGUUGGCGUUCUCCCGCGUACUUUGUUUUUUGGGGAAGGAUGAUUGGAUAGGCCUCUUCUUGCGAGGCACACUGACCUUUGGCUGCUACUCUCCUGUGUAAAUAAUAAAAAUACUUAUUGUUGUUAUGGAUGGCUCGCCCAGAUUUUGAAAGGACAACAGCAGGAGAAAAGACGAAAUACUUGAAUUUUUGUCAACGUGUGUGUCUGUCUUGCGUUAUGGACACAACGUGAGUGGUCAAACGGUACAAGUUAUCCCGCGCGCGCUAGCGAACCCUUUUGUUUUUUGUUGUUUUGUGGAGGACGUAGUAGUAUGCCCCCCCCCCCGGAUUGUUGUUUUUCCGCUCCUCUUAUCUUGUUUAGGCAGGCUUUUGCGUCACAGGGGGUUCGAUCCGGGCGGGGGGAACGCAGCAAAAGAAUCGCGCGUGCAGCGGUGCCGCCAGUUGUUGCUUGCGUUUUGUGCGGAAAGCAAGAGAGAGAGAGAGCUACAAGUAUAUCUCGCGACAUGCACUUCAUGUCGUAUAUCUUGCUCCCUCGGCACUGAUUGUUGAUCUUAGCUUCCAUUUUGUCCUUUCUCUUGUCGGAGGCUGUCGUACUCCGCGUCUGGUACAGUAUGGUGGUGGUGUGCUUCAGCGACUGGUUGUUUGUGGUGUACGUGACAAAAGUCGGCGAGUUUUGGAGGUAAAGCAUGCGGCCUCGGUUAGGCGCCGGAGUUCGCGUUUCCAGAGAGAGAGCUUUGGCCUCGCUUGGCGUUUUCGUUGCAGCACACGGACAAACCCGUGGGCCAAACAUCAUGCGCACAAGAGAAAUGGAUUGGAAAGCA